AAGACACAACAAGAAGAGAAAAGGAAGAAGAGAUAGUCAUUUAGAAGCCCAGCCACCAACCCAGAAAGUCCCCACCACGCGUUCACCGUGUCUCCACUCCCACAAAUAAACACACUUUUUCUUCGCAGCUUUUUAGCUUCUCUCUCUAAAUUUGCCUCAUCUACUCCACCAAAACAAAAAAAAAGAAAAAAAAAACUCUGUCUUAAAGGCGUUUACUUGGCAACUUCAACUCCUGAUUUCAGACAAUAUUAAGAGUUAAACUGUUUGUAUUUUGGUUAAAAAGACAUGGGAAACUGUUUAGAUUCUUCAGCUUCUAAAGUAGAUAUAACUCACAGCUCACAUACUCCUUCUGGAGCCUCAAGACUUUCCAGCAGAACUAGCCUGCCUUCCACUCUAUCUAUCCCGUCUUAUGGCAGCUCUGAGUGUCUGCCUACACCAAGGUCCGAAGGUGAAAUAUUGUCGUCCCCUAAUUUAAAGCCAUUCUCUUUCAAUGAUCUCAGGAAUGCCACCCGAAACUUUCGCCCCGACAGUUUGCUGGGCGAAGGGGGCUUCGGGUAUGUUUUCAAAGGCUGGAUCGAUGAGCACACGUUCGCGGCUGCAAGGCCCGGAUCAGGGAUGGUUGUCGCAGUCAAGAAGCUCAAACCUGAAGGUUUCCAGGGCCACAAGGAGUGGUUGACAGAAGUUCAUUAUCUUGGCCAACUUCAUCAUCGGAAUUUGGUCAAACUCAUCGGGUAUUGCUUGGAGGGUGAGAACCGGCUAUUGGUCUAUGAGUUCAUGCCGAAAGGCAGCUUAGAGAAUCAUCUGUUUAGAAGAGGACCUCAGCCGCUAUCAUGGGCAGUGAGAAUAAAAGUGGCCAUAGGUGCUGCCAGAGGACUCUCUUUCCUUCAUGAUGCAAAAUCCCAAGUCAUAUACCGUGAUUUUAAGGCUUCUAAUAUUCUUCUGGAUGCGGAAUUCAAUUCCAAACUGUCUGAUUUUGGUUUGGCCAAGGCAGGUCCCACCGGAGAUAGAACUCAUGUAUCUACUCAAGUCAUGGGUACUCAUGGCUAUGCAGCACCUGAAUACGUUGCUACAGGUCGGCUGACAGCAAAAAGCGAUGUAUACAGCUUUGGAGUUGUGUUGCUUGAACUACUGUCAGGGAGACGUGCUGUUGAUAAAACCAAGGUCGGUGUGGAACAGAAUCUGGUGGACUGGGCAAAACCCUACCUGGGCGACAAAAGAAAAUUAUUUAGAAUAAUGGACACCAAAUUAGGGGGGCAAUAUCCUCAGAAAGGAGCACAUAUGGCUGCCAAUCUUGCCUUACAAUGUCUUAGUUCCGAAGCUAAAGUUAGGCCUCGGAUGGCAGAGGUGUUGGCAACGCUGGAGCAAAUUGAUUCCCCCAAAACGGCAGGCAGAUUAUCCUACUCAGAGCAUCACCCAAUUCAGAUACCUGUCCGUAGUUCCCCGAUGAGACCACAACAUUCUCCUCUUAAUCUAACGCCUACUGCAUCCCCACGCCCAUCCCAUCGCCAAUCUCCACGAGUGCGCUAAGUAGCUGUAAUAUCAAAUUUGAUUGCAAAUUUUUGAUUCCCACGAAUAUCGAUUAUCAUUACCUGUAUUCUGAAAAUAUGCAGCAUUAGUCUGGGGGUCGUCUACCUCUAGUCAUUUGUAAUUAUAAUAUGGUUUAACCUAGUGUUUUGUUCUAACACAA